CUCAAUCAUUCUCUCAGAUCCAACACUCUCUUUAACAGAUCUCUUACCCAAUACACUCUCUACAGAGCAAUCAACCACCAACUUUACCAUUCUCUAACACCCAAUCACCAAUCACACUUCUGAUUAGUUGAUCAAAAUGCGCACUGCCGCGACUUUCCUCUCGGCUGCAGCCCUUACCGGUCUCGCAGCCGCUUCUCCUGCUCCUCAGCAGCUUGACUUCGACCAGCUUGCUGCUGCUCCCACUGUCCAGACUGCUCCCGUUCUGAACGGUGUCUCCAACCAGACUGUCACCAUCAGCAGCGCCGCCAUAGCUCAGUCCAUCUCUGCUGCUGUCAGCACCCAGGCUACUGCAGUCUCAUCUGCUCCCGCUCAGGUUGUCAACAAGCGCAACCUUGACAAGCGUACUUCCGGCGUCUACAACUGGUGGAACUGCUUGUUCUGGGGCACUCAGUGCGGAAACGAUGCCCCUGCCACCACCUCCACCUCCAGUACUGUCAAGCCUACCAGCACCAGUACCAGCAGCACCAAGACCUCAUCUUCGGUCGCCGCCAGCGCUACUGCUUCUGCUGGCUCUUUCUGGUUGAAGGAUGCCAACAACAAGUAUCUCGGAUGCUCUUCCGGUAACGACGGUGUCGCCAGCUACGUCGCCAGCCAGGCUUCUGCUGUUGCAUUCACCAUUGACAGCAAGACUGGAUACCUUUACCAGGCCGGUGCUGCUCUCGCUGCCAACCGUGGUACCAGCGCCAACCCUGAGUGGACCUACUUCAGCACUUUCACCACUCAGUACAGCUUCAUCACCUGCUCGCAGAACACUGCUCAAACUUGGUUGGAGUGCAAGGCCAACGGUGUCUUCCAGCAAGCCAUGACCUGCAACAACGACGGCAAGCUUUACUUCGCUCCCACUAUCCCUGCUGCCUGCGCCUGGGUCCCUCUCUACUACGUUCCCUGUACUACCCCUUCUUCUUCCUCCUCUUCCCAGAUUGCAUCCACCAGCUCUUCUUCGGUUGUGAGAUCUAGCUCCAGCUUCGUUGCCAGCUCUAGCUCUGCUUCCAGCUCUAGCUCUGUCCUCAGCUCAAGCUCGUCCUCGGCUGCCGCUUCAUCUUCAUCCUCCGCUGCCAGCUCCACCUCUUCCGGCUCUGCCACUAUCAACACUGUCUCUGGCACCACCUCUUCCACCACUGCUUGCCCCACCACUCCUGAGGACGGUACUUACUGCGGUUUCAUCAACCCUGAGGACCCUUGCGCUCCUCAGCCCGAUGGUUACGGCCCAAAGGUCACCCCUGACACUGACGAUGCCUUCGUUUCUUACGCUCCUUUCCACAGCAUGGCCUCUGCCGCCCCUACUGUCGUCCCUAGCAACAACGGAGCCGGCAACGCUUACCAGCAGACCUUCAAGGACCUGAGCGGUUCAUCCAGCGCCAACUCUUACCUUGGUCUUUACACCUUGACUUCCUACAGCCCUGCCGACUGUGCUGCUCACUGCGACACCACCGCUCUUUGCACUGCCUUCAACAUCUACAUUGAGCGCGACCCCAGCCAGAACCCCACCAAGAACGACUCCACUGCUCCUACCGUCUGGGGAUACUGGUGCCCUCAACCCUCUAGCAUCACCAACUUCAAGUGCACCCUCUGGGGCAGCAACCUCGAUGCUUCUACUGCUACCAACCAGGGCGGAUACCGCGAAGACUUCCACGUUGUGAUCGCUGGUUCCAACGGAUACGAUGCUACCAACACCACUCUUCCUCCUCCCGUUGUUGACACCGUCGACAACUCGACCUCCACCGCUGUUGUUUCAUCCAUUCUCUCCACCGUCACCGCUGUUUCAAGCUCCAGCUCCAGCUCCAGCAUCUCCAGCUCGGCUUCGUCGGUUUCUGCCUCCGCUUCUUCUUCGGCCAUCAAGUCUUCCAGCACCUCAUCCUCAGCUGUUGCAACUCCCACUGCUACCACCCCCAAGGGACCUACCUGGUCCUCUCCCAAGACCUGCGGUGGCAAGGCCAUCAACGCUCCCAACUACUGGAUGGGCUCCAAGUUCUUCCCCGGCCCCUUCAACCCUCAGGUCUGCGCCGAUUACGCCUCGUACCAGCACGUCCUCAACAAGAAGUCUGCCAUCGCUGCCGGCCAGUCCUACUUCACCCCUUGCAACAGCUUCAACGCCUACUACCUCCACAAGAACGGUAUCCCUCACGGUACCUACUGUGCUCUGUACGAUGCUAGCAUCUCCACCAGCUACGCUACCUACACCGGUGGCUGGUCUGGCAGCAACAAGUACGACUGCAGACAGUCAUACCAGUACACUCGCCAGACUCUUGACCAGGGUCGUUGCUAAACGGCUUCAAGACAAUCAUUUCUUCACGAGGAGUUGCAAAACGAUAUAGAUAGCGCGCGCGCACAUUGGGAUUUCUUUUCUUUUUUUCUUUCGAUCUUUAGAGUCUGAUUUGAUGCCACGAUGCGAACCCAACACGAUCAGUCCUUACAUGUUCUGUAUUUACCAGCAAGGUGUUUUUGAUUUUCUUUUUCUUUUCUUUCACAUAGACAGUUUUUUACACAUCUCACAAAACCAAAUUUCCUACAAACAACAUUACUCUCUCUCAUCUGUUCUGUCUCAUCUCCUGUCUGACUCUAGAACAACCAGUGGCUUGCUGGACUGCCU